AUAUCAGUCACACCAAAGACCAAAGGGGUGCCUUUCUUCAAUCACCACCUCUUCCUCCACAAACAGUGUGGCCCCCAAAACAUAGAGCAUAAUAUUUACAAGAACAUAAAAAAUAACACUAAGAAAGUGAGCCUGCCUCCUUGUUCUUCUCUCUCUUUCGCUUCCCUCAUGGAGAUCCAUCAAAACGACGCCGCUGGAGGAGGAAUCAACCCUUGUUCUUCGUCUUCAUCUUCUGCUUCUGUCAAGGCCAAGAUCAUGGCUCAUCCUCACUAUCAUCGCCUCUUGGCUGCUUAUGUUAAUUGUCAGAAGGUGGGAGCUCCGCCGGCGGCGGCGGCGAGGCUGGAGGAGGCGUGCGCCGCGGCGGCGGCGGCGACGAUGGGCCCCACAGGUUGCUUAGGCGAAGAUCCGGCGCUUGAUCAGUUCAUGGAGGCCUAUUGCGAGAUGCUCAUUAAAUACGAACAAGAACUUUCUAAACCCUUCAAGGAAGCCAUGCUUUUCCUCCAACGCGUCGAGUGCCAAUUCAAAUCUCUCUCUCUCUCCUCUUCUUCGUCUCUCUCUGGUUGUGGUGAGGGAAGUGCUGAAGAGGAGGUGGACAUGAAUAACGAUUUCAUAGACGCGCAGGCUGAGGAUAGGGAGCUGAAGGGUCAGCUCUUGAGAAAGUACAGUGGUUACUUAGGAAGCCUUAAGCAAGAGUUCAUGAAGAAGAGGAAGAAAGGGAAACUCCCCCGAGAAGCUCGCCAACAGUUGCUCGAUUGGUGGAACCGACACUACAAAUGGCCUUACCCUUCGGAGCAGCAGAAGCUGGCACUGGCCGAGUCGACGGGUUUGGACCAGAAGCAGAUAAACAAUUGGUUCAUAAACCAGAGGAAACGCCAUUGGAAGCCGUCAGAGGACAUGCAGUUCGUGGUCAUGGAUGCAUCUCAUUCACAUCACUACUACAUGGACAACGUCUUGGGAAACCCUUUCCCCAUGGACAUCCCUCCCUCCAUGCUCUGAUCCCAUCAUCAUCGCCAUCAUCAUCAUCAUCAUCAUCAUCAUCAGCUUUUUAUCUAUAUGUCCUUUAUAUGUAUACUUUAAAAAUCAUAUUUAUGAUUGAAAAUGCCAAGUUGUUACUAAAUUGGUUUUCCAAGUGUUUUGGGUUUGAUUAACCGAGGGUGGCUCGGAGAGUUUGUGGCUUUGUUACAGUUAUAAUAUUGAAUUAUUAUAUGACCCGAGGGACGAAGUUAUGUA